AACUUGAUAGUGCAGAACAAAGAGUUAACUAAUCAGAUUCUGUGAAGCAGCAGAAUACAUGCUUUGCAUCACUUUUGAACCGAAAAGCAGUAUUUGAACGGGCUUCAACUGAACAAAAAUUAGUACCAUCAUAUGGGCUUUUUUUAAUUUAGAACGGCCCGUAGACACAUUAAGCUGAAACCUCAGAAGCCCUAGAGAUUAUAAGAGCAAACCCUAAUUCGAUCUCCACCUUAGCCUCCUCCUCAGCAUUUUAACCAACUCUAAUUCGCCGUUCGCUCCUCCGUCUCCGUCGAAGUCAACAUGGCGCCAAAGAAGGACAAGGUUCCCCCACCUUCAUCAAAGCCGGCGAAAUCCGGAGGUGGAAAGCAGAAGAAGAAGAAGUGGAGCAAGGGAAAGCAAAAGGAGAAGGUGAACAACAUGGUGUUGUUUGAUCAGGCUACUUACGACAAGCUUCUCACUGAAGCUCCCAAGUUCAAGCUCAUCACCCCUUCCAUCCUCUCCGACCGUAUGAGGAUUAAUGGGUCUCUAGCAAGGAGGGCGAUUAGGGAGCUAAUGGCCAAGGGUGUGAUAAGGAUGGUCGCUGCUCACUCGAGCCAGCAGAUCUACACUCGUGCCACCAACACCUAAGAAUGUCUUUGGUUUUUGAUCCGGCUUAGCCGUGCCUUUGUUUUUUAUUUAUCUCCUUUUUGUUGGUUAUUCAGUAACUCGUUAGAAUCUUGUUUUGAGAUACAUAUGGCUAUUUUGAACAAUGCAUUGCAAUUAUAAUCCAACCAUUUGGCGUUUUUAGUUCUC